CGUCGAUUUAUGCGCAACACAUUGGACAUGGUGAUGAAAGUUUCGAAAUUUGGCUGGUCUUAUGUUUAUUGAAUAACUGUGAUUAAAUAAAUCCUUUUGUAAAAAUUGUUAAAGAAUAACAUACAUGAUUAAACAUGCCUGCCUUACAGGAAGUAGCAGCAUCUGGAGUUCCCCUUCAGGUUGUCAAGGUGACAGAUGACCAUACGUUUGAACUGUGUGAAGAUGUUCUGGAGAGCAUUCUACUGCAGGAUCACGUAAAGGGCAAGAAAGUGGUUGUUCUGUCGGUUGCCGGUGCCUUCCGCAAGGGGAAAUCUUUCCUGUUGGAUUUUUUUCUCAGAUACCUGUCAGAAAGGGGCUCAGAGGAUUGGAUGGGAAGUAACGAUGAACCCUUGACCGGUUUCUCAUGGCGUGGUGGUUCAGACCGUGAAACCACAGGUAUCUGGAUGUGGAGUGAUGUAUUCAUUUGUCCUGGGCCAAAUGAUAAAGAUGUUGCAGUACUUCUGAUGGAUACCCAAGGUGCCUUUGACACCGAGUCAACAGUGAAGGAUUGUGCCACCGUCUUUGCUCUUAGCACUAUGCUUAGCUCUGUACAGGUUUACAACUUGAGCAUGAAUAUUCAAGAGGAUGAUCUUCAGCAUCUUCAACUGUUCACAGAGUAUGGAAGACUUGCAAUGGAAGACAACGAUUUUAAACCAUUUCAGAAUUUGAUGUUCCUCGUUCGAGACUGGAGCUAUCCAUACGAAGCAGAGUAUGGACUUACAGGUGGUCAACAAAUUCUUGAUAAGCGUUUACAGAUCAAAGAAAAUCAACACAAAGAACUAGAGACAGUAAGAAAACAUAUAAAAGAUUUGUUUAAGGAAGUUCAGUGUUUUCUUAUGCCUCAUCCUGGGCUUAAAGUUGCUAGUAAUCCUAAAUUUGAUGGUCGUUUAAGAGAUAUAUCAGAUGAUUUUCGCGAUGAAUUAAAAGUUCUAGCACCUCACCUUCUCUCUAGUGCAAACUUAGCUGUAAAGGAGAUUAAUGGGGAUAUGGUUAAAUGUGCUGAUCUGGUUGAAUACUUUAAGGCAUAUAUCAAGAUUUAUCAGGGAGACGAAUUACCUGAACCAAUGUCCAUGCUGACGGCAACAGCUGAGGCUAAUAAUUUAUCAGCAGUUGCAAAAGCAAAAGCAGAUUAUAUACAACAAAUGGAAGAGAUAUGUGGAGGUGACAAGCCCUAUCUCAAUCCAGUCGACCUUGAGAAACGACAUGCAAAUGUAAAAGACAUCGUGUUGGAGCGGUUUUGGGCCAUUCCUAAAAUGGGCGGAAAAUCAUUUACUGAACCAUUUGCUGACCAAUUAGAGUUGGAAAUAAUGGAACAUUUCGACCAAUAUGUAAAACACAAUGACAGCAAGAAUUUAUUCAAUAUUGCUCGUACACCCAUCACGCUUCUCAUCGUGAUGAUCAUUAUGUAUAUUUCGUCAGCUGUCUUUGGAAUUUUUGGUAUAUAUUCGCUAUCAAAUAUGGCCAAUUUGAUACUUGGACUGUCUCUGCUUCUGAUAUGCGCAUGGGGUUAUGUAAAGUACUCAGGAACGUAUCCUAAUGUCGGAGUUCAAAUUGACGGAAUUGCCGAAAAGAUUUGGGUCCAGAUUCUUGGACCAAUGUACAAAAAGGCAAGAGGUUCUGGCAGAGAAGAGAAGAGAGAUUAGAUUUAAAAGAUAUUACACACACACAAAAAAAAUAAAAGCAAACAAAAAAAAUACAAGCCUUUUUAUUGAAUUAUGAAGCAGCUCAUAACCAUCAUUCAAUUUUUAUAUAGUGUGAAUUAAAAAAAUAACUAUAGAUCUGAAAAUAUAAUAUGAAUGGAAUAAUACUUAAUAAAUUGAAAUCCCAUGUAUCCCAUAAUAGGUUCCAUUUUUGUUGAGGAAUGGGGGGAUUUGGUAUUAUUGGUAACUUUUUAACUGCUGUAAGCUACCACUAUUGGAUUUUACUUCAACACAAGUUCACCAUUUGAUACAGGUCUCCCUAAGACCUAUCCAAUUAACGAUCACCACUAAAUCAAGACCACUUUUUUUGGGUCCCAAAGCAAAAAAUAUCUUUCAUCUUCAUUAUUCUAGUUAGAGACCAAUGGUGCUUUAAAAGACCAUGAAAACCCUGGUUUCAUGUGUGGUCUUUAAUUAGAGGGAGACCUGUGUACUGAAUUCUGUUGUACUGUAUGUUUAUAUUAUAUUUAUAAAUAUUCACAAAUAUUUAAAUAAUAAUUUAAAAAUCAUAAUAGAAUAAAUAUGCACAAUUAUGAAAUUCUUUUUUGAUAACAAUUAAAUCUGAUAACUUGCAAAAAUAAUGAAAGUUUUGUGGGUUGUUUUUAAAAGAAUAAUCUUAAAAAUUACUGGGUUUUGUUUUUACUUUUGUUUUUCGGCCUACUUUUUGUCCAUGCUCCAUGCUACAGUAGACUUUGAAGGCGUUCAACCUGAAUAGCCAUAGUGUGCUUGAUUUGAGCGUAAGUGUGACAAUGACGAAGUGUAACGAUGCAUAUGAUUUUCAAGGCUGUCUCUGCCGAUGUUAUUAUUCACCGAUGUAUUCAAAUGAUCAUGAAUGAGACUGCUCAUAGGGUAAGAAAUUGAGAUUUUUGCCAGCUACAUUGUGUUAUUGUGAAAACAUAACUGUGAAAUUACAAUUCUCCUCUGAAGCAAGAUAAAAUGCAAAAUCAUCUUGGGUUGUACUCAGUGUAGAAUCUGUAGCAUGGUGUUGAAAAUAAUUACAUGGAUGUAGAUUCAAAUCCUGUAAAAACAAUUUUUAUUUUUAACUAAAAUAAUAUCUCCCUUAUAGGCCUCAUAAUUGAUUAUGUUUCUAGAGCAUUACUAUAGUUAAGUCCCAUCGAUUAUAUUUAUCACUAAGCACCUUUAUACCAGUACACAUAUAGCAAAAAUAUAUAAGAUAUUGUAAUUCUCAAAAUUGAUAUUGCAGCUGGAUGGGUUUUUUUUUUAAUUGUUUGAUACAAUACUUAAUGUCAGCUUGUUCACUGUUUUGAAAUUGAAGAAUGGACAAGUAAGCCUUGUGGAAGCACAUAUAAUAUAUUGAGUAUCCCAGAAACCAAAUGAAUUUGCAUGUUGGGCAUGCUAGACCCAAAGACCAAUAAUAAUAAAUGCACUUAUUACUUUCUUUGAUUUUGAAAUACCAAACUUCAUUAUUAUAUGGUCUGGAUAUAGAUAUUGUUAUGAAAAAUAUAUUUUAAUCUGUAUUAUAAUCACAAUUUUCUCAUUUUUCUUUUAUUUUGUCGUCUUAAAUGCAAGAACAAUUAAUUAUAUUUUAGUAGUUGUAGCUUCUGCAAAUACGCUUGUCCAUGAAUGUCCUUUUAUUUUUGUCCAGACUCUAUUUCCUAUUUUAAAGAAAUAAUGUCCACUAAAAUAUUUUCAAAGACAAAUACUAAUGAUUAAAAUAACUUAUAACUUUUUGUAAAUUAUUAUUUCAAUAGAGGAAAAUAUUUUUUUUUAAGACUAACGCUCUGUCCACACUAUGUGCCCAAUAUGGGCAUGAAGAUGUCAUGAUUACACCUAAAUGUCACAUUUGUCACAUACAAUUUGAAAGUGUGGAUGGACCUUAAGAUGUUAUCUUUGUUUUUGAAUAGCGUAGUAUGUUUUCAGAGAUUAAAAUAAAUGUUAAAUAAACAGAGAUGUUUUACAGAUUAUACCCGUAGUGUUUCAGCUUCCUAAAUAUUAACCAUGCUCUCUUUGUAAGCCCACAUGCUGGUAGUGUAUUCACAUUUACAUUUCACUUGGUGGUUCAUUUGUUUUUGUGCAGACAGUAUCUGUAAUGAGAAUAAGAAUAUUUGAAAUGGUCUUUAGUAGGAUCAUAUAAUAGUCAGGGGUGGUGCCACAGGAGGGCUGGCCCAUGUUGGGAAUCAAAAAUAUAAUCAGUUGGGGAUGAAAAAAAAAGAUGUUUUUUUUACAUGUUAGUAAACUCUAAAAUUGAUUAAAUAAGCCUGUGAAACCUCUAAUAUUAUUAUAGUUUUAGCAGGUUCACCCCUGGACCACUUCAGAAAGAUUUUGACCAACGCCCACCCCACACAACUUGCGCUUCUGUCUUGGGCAUCAGUCAGGCAAAUACUGGUGCCAUCCAUGAUAAUAAUAUACAUUUUUUUGUGGUCAAUCCGUAAUACCUACAACACAAUAUUUAUAAUAUGUAGUUACUGGUAAGUUAAUACUACUUUCGGCAACCGCUGAAUGAUGCCAACAAAAACAACUUUAAGAGUGAAUGAUAGAAAUGUUCAACUUGGUAGAUAUACUUAAAAGAUGUGACAUCCGAGUUUAACCAUGUAAAAAUAUUUUCCUCAGUUGUAUAGGUUAGGGAGAUGACUGUAAAUAAUAACUUAACAACCCAGUGAAGAAGAGUUAAAUUUUUUUGUCAUAUAGAAGCAUGCUUGAGGUAAAGAAUGAUAAGUGUGAAUGGUCAGACCAAAUUCGAUUUUUGGUGGUUGGUUUGAUGUGAUUUGAAGCUCAGCUUGUUAAAUAAAUUGAAACAAGUCAA